AUGCGCAGGUGCGCGUGGUCGGUGUGCGUGGCGUGGUACGCGUGCGCGGCGUGGUGUGCGUAUGCUGUGUUCGCCGCGACAGCCGGGGGCCGCGAGCUGCGCGUGCUGCAGGCGGACGCGCGCGCCACGUUCUUCGUGGGCAUCGCCGCGCCGCCCUCGGCCGCCGCCGUCGUGCGCGCCUUCAACCAGUCGCUGGCAGAGAUAUCGCACACGUACCUCGCUGGCGACAACCCACUUCAUCUGCGAAACAUCACGCUACUGCCUCUAUACAUCGAGCUACCAGAAGAUGAAAGGUUCAGCGCGCGGUUAUUGGAGCAAACUUGCGCUGCGGUUGGCGGGCGGCGCGUGGCGGUUUUGUUGGUCUGCGGUGGCGGCGACGCGGCAUCCGCUGUUGUGUCUGCGGCGAUCCGCGCCGGCGUCCCUGUUCUACGCGCUUCGCCUUCCCACUUACAUCUCUCCUAUACCAUCGCUAAUGAAAUGCUUCCUUUGGAAAUCCGACUUGAAAUUACUGCAAGAGAAACGUUACAUGCUCUCAGGGCUACCCUUUUGCAUACACAUUGGCAUUCUUUUACUUUACUUGCCGUGGAAGAUAUCUAUUCAACGUUCUCUCUAAGAAAAGAUCUGUCUUCAAUUCUCACAGCUCAACCACUUAAUCCGAAAUGGCUUUCUCUCCCCACAAAAUACUCCCGCCACGCUCUUUUCAGGCGACUUGCUGAGGUUUCAAGGUUAACACGAGGAGUUGUUGUCUUGAUAUGUGACAUUAAUUACGCUAAGCAUGUUAUGGAUGAGGCCAAGCGUCUGAAUAUGCUUGAUGGGCAUUUUUUCUGGUUAUGGAUCGAUGCUUCUACAGAGUUUGAUGUCUUCCAUAAUAUUGGCAAUAGAACACAAUACACCGAUAGUAAUUAUCAAGACUAUGAAAGUUUUAUAGAAAAGAGUACAACAUUGCGACAGGAAAAAAACAGCGACCGUUAUAAAAGAGAUGACACAGACAAUAAUUUCACAAAGGAUGUAACCACCGCAUCUAACCAAUUCGAUAAAUUCCCCAAUCAAAUAGUAAAUAAUGAUGAUGGAAUAAAUGUAAAGAAUAGUUCAAUAAAUUCAAUUUUUCGUCGUAUUAGUAGAAAUAUAAAUAAGUCGGAAGCGCACAGUGUGAACAACAAAUUAUUAAAUAUAAGUAUUAGUCAGUCAUUUGAUAUUAAUCGCAAUAUUAGUUCAGAGGGUGUUAGUAAUUAUUAUGUAAAUAACAAAGGCGUUGAAACUUCUAAAAUCGAAAAAAAAUCCAUUGAGAAGGAAAAGAUGUCCUUCCUUAAUAGAGAUAAUAGUAGGCGUACUAGUUAUAGUAAAAUGAAAAAUGAAUCUUUUAAUAAAUAUGUAAAUAGCAUAAAUGUAGGUAGUGUGAAUGGCGAUGAGAACUCGUCAGUAGGAAAACUUAUGUAUAGUGACGAUAAAAAUAGUCCACUGAAAGAUAAUAUUUUAUUCGCAAGUGAUAUUAGUGAUUUCUUAAUGAAUCCCACGGUGCAAACGUCUAUAAUGCAUAAUGUAAAAGAUAAAAUCGAAAAAAGGAAAGAUCGAAAUUUCAUAGAAGAUGUGAAAAGUUUUGAGAGUGGUCACUCCAAAGAUAAUAUUACAGAAAUUUUUAAUAGCCUUCCUGUGGGGUUAUUAGUAUUACACCCGCAGCCUAUGAAUAUUGAUCCCACAUUUAUUCGAGCGGCAGUACAAAUGGCAGUUGGCGCUUUGCGUCGAGUAUUGCGUGCAUGUGACGCUUGGUCAGCCCAGGCACAAUUUUUUAGCGAUGCAGUUGCAUCUUGUUGGGAUGAACCUAGUGACGCUGCCGCUGAUUUUUCAACAGAAUUCGUUAGAGAAACUCGAAUAGCAUCGGCAGCUGUUUUAUCAGGAGGUUCAGAAAGAUCCGAAAAAACACUUACAGCUUUUUUCGCCCUUCUAAACUUAGUACCAGGACAGGAUGGUGAAAAUACAUGGAGACAAGUUGGGAGAGUUGAAGGCCGUAAAGUUAAUCUCCAUACUAUUGUAUGGCCAGGUGGGCGUCUUGUGGCUCAUGGACAAUCAGAUGGUGCCCGUACCAUUUUUCGAAUUGUAACUGCUUUGGCUCCACCUUUCGUAAUGGAAGGAGAACUUGACGAGGACGGCCAAUGUCUUCGUGGUUUACCUUGUCACCGUCCACAAACUUCAGAUCGAGAUAAUCUUACGCUUGCCUUUAAUGAUUUAGAUAGAGACACUGAUCAAGAAACAAGCGAUUUCUUUUUCCCCACUCCAAAACCCAUGUAUUCUAAAAUGGCUACACAUUGCUGCUAUGGAUUAGCAAUGGAUCUUUUAGAAAAUAUAGCUCAAGAGUUGGAGUUUGAUUUUCAUUUGUAUAUAGUCGAAGAUGGUUUAUACGGAUCGAGAAAAUUAGUGAAACCAUUUCAGAAAUUUAAUGAAUAUAGGAGUACAACAAAUGAAUUUUUAUUAAAUCAACAAAGCUAUCGGUCUCAAUAUCGUAACGGAUAUAAAAUAUAUAGUGAAGACUAUUUAUUCGGAGAUGAAUCAGAAGAAGAUCCUGAAAAGUGGACUGGUAUCGUAGGAGAUUUAGUUUCUGGUGCUGCCCAUAUGUCGUUUGCAGCUCUAAGUGUAUCCUCAGCAAGAGCAGAAGUAAUAGAUUUUAGUCAGCCAUAUUUUUUUAGCAGUGUUUCAAUAUUAGCUGCACCGAAUCAAAGACCCGACAUACCUUUACUAGCAUUUCUAUUACCAUUUUCACCUGAAUUGUGGAUAGCCAUAUUUACAUCCCUUAAUGUAACCGCAAUAGCGGUGGCAAUUUACGAAUGGUUGUCACCCUUUGGCUUAAAUCCUUGGGGACGUCAAAGAUCAAAGAACUUCAGUAUAUCAAGUGCCCUUUGGGUGAUGUGGGGUCUCCUGUGCGGACAUUUGGUGGCGUUCAAAGCUCCAAAGAGUUGGCCUAAUAAAUUUCUUAUUAAUGUGUGGGGUGGUUUUUCUGUGAUAUUUGUCGCUAGUUACACUGCCAAUAUAGCCGCCUUAAUAGCAGGUUUAUUUUUCCAUAAUGCUGUUGAUGACUAUCAAGGACGUAGUAAUUGGCUUUCUUUACGAGUGGGAACAGCUAGAUCGUCCGUAUCAGAAUAUUAUGUUCAACGUAACAAUCCACAAUUAGCACAACAGAUGCGUCGUUAUGCUCUUCAAGAUAUUGAAGACGGCAUACAGCGGCUCAGAAAUGGAACAUUGGACCUCCUUAUAGCAGAUACACCUGUCUUAGAUUAUUAUCGUGCUACUGAUCAUGGGUGUAAAUUACAACGCGUGGGCGAUCAUGCUCUUGCUGAGGAUACAUAUGCAAUAGGCAUGGCGAAAGGAUUUCCUUUGAAGGAUAGUGUAUCUGCGGUCAUUGCUAAAUAUUCCUCAAAUGGAUACAUGGAUAUUUUAACGGAAAAAUGGUAUGGAGGACUUCCUUGUUUCAAACUCAGCCCUGAUUAUGGAAUUCAACCAAAACCACUAGGUGUGGCAGCGGUGGCGGGCGUAUUCAUUCUCCUUGGCGUGGGAAUGGUCGUUGGGUGCCUCAUAUUGAUUCUAGAACAUCUGUUUUAUAAAUAUACCCUGCCUGUUCUGCGGCACCAACCAAAAGGAACUAUAUGGAGAAGCAGAAAUAUUAUGUUCUUCAGUCAGAAACUAUACAGAUUUAUAAACUGCGUAGAGUUAGUGUCUCCACACCACGCUGCACGAGAACUAGUUAAUACAAUCCGCCAAGGACAUUUCACUUCACUAUUUCAAAAGAGUGUCAAAAGGAAGGAACAUGAACAACGCAGACGCCGUAAAAGUAAAGCUCAAUUAUAUGAAAUGAUUCAAGCUAUUAGAAGGGUGCAACAACGUGACCAUUCAUUAGGUUCUAUAAAAGAACAAGAGCCAGUAGAAACAACAGAAGCAUCAGAAGAACUUACUGAGUCAAAAUUUCUUUCACCAUCUCCGGAAAUUUUGGCACGUUCUCCAAGACAAGGUCGUUCUCCUCGACAGCUUCGUUCACCUAGAGGACGUCGGAAAAGGUGUAGCCUCGCUGGUCUUAAUGUACGAAGAUUUAGCACUGACUCAGUACUUGAUUCAGAAUCAGUGUCAGUUUCCAAUAUAUAUGAGCGAACUAGUCUUAAUAUAGGAAGAAGACUAAGUCGCGACAUCAGUUGUCUAACUAGUUCACCUCCUGAUAUUAACAGUCGUCUAAGAACACCAUCACCAAUGGUAAGAAGAGCUGAAGGCUCAUCUACAAGAUCUUACCAAGAUGUUUCUGAGAGAUCUGACAAUUAUAUAAGUAUAGAUGGACCAACAUCGAGAGCAAGUGUAGAAAUUCUUGUUUCCGAAGAAAAUGACUUGCCACCUGUACCACCAUAUCCAAGAGUACCGCCCAUGGGUGCGAGAUCAGAGUUGUCUCAAUUGUCUGAAGAAGAACUUAUAAGAUUGUGGCGAAGUUCAGAGCGAGAAGUUAGAGAAGCAUUAUUGGCAGCGUUACAAGAAAGACGCGCCAAUCUAGAUCCAAAACAAGAUCCUGGAUGAAAUACAUUUAGUGGUACAUUUUUGGAAAAAAAAUGGUCAGUAGAAUCACUUAGAAUCUCUCAUAGCUGCAAGACAAGAGAGCGAUAAGGAGUAUCGACAUGAAUAUGUGUGCAGUGGUUGAGUUAGUGCCUUUUUUAUAUUGUUUGAUGCGGACACGUCUUGCAGGCGUUAGU